UGAGAAGUCUUUGAAUGGGCGUGGCCAACAUUGCGUGCUUACGAUAGACGAGCUUUUCCUGCCUCUGACAAGCGUGAGACAGUCCACUUCUGUUUACUUCAUUUUAACAAGUAUCUGCAAUCGAGCUAAUUUAAGAUGUUCUACACUUGUGGUCCCAAUGAGGCGAUGGUGGUCUCAGGCUGCGGCCGCUCCCCUCCUCUGAUGAUUGCUGGAGGAAGAGUGUUUGUUUUACCCUGCAUUCAACAAAUCCAGCGGAUAACUCUCAAUACUCUGACUCUGAAUGUGAAGAGUGAUAAGGUCUACACCAGACAUGGAGUUCCGAUCUCAGUGACGGGCAUUGCCCAGGUGAAGAUCCAGGGACAGAAUAAAGAAAUGUUGGCCGCAGCUUGUCAAAUGUUUAUGGGGAAGUCCGAGUCUGAGAUAUCUCAUAUCGCUCUGGAGACACUUGAGGGACAUCAGAGAGCCAUCAUUGCUCACUUGACUGUGGAGGAGAUCUACCAGGACCGUAAAAAGUUUUCCGAGCAUGUAUUUAAGGUCGCCUCCUCUGACCUGGUCAACAUGGGGAUUGGUGUGGUCAGCUACACACUCAAGGAUGUUCAUGACGAUCAGAAUUAUCUUGUGUCGCUGGGUAAAGCCCGUACCGCUCAGGUGCAAAAAGACGCUCGUAUCGGCGAAGCUCAGUUCAAGAGAGAUGCUGUCAUGAGGGAGGCUUAUGCCAUGCAGGAGAAGAUCUCUGCUCAGUACAAGAAUGAGAUUGAGAUGGCUAAAGCCCAGCGAGACUUUGAGCUGAAGAAAGCAGCCUACGACAUUGAGGUCAACACUAAGAAGGCAGAGUCUGAAAUGGCCUAUCAGCUUCAGGUGGCUAAAACAAAGCAGCGUAUCGAAGAGGAGAAGAUGCAGGUUCAGGUUGUGGAGCGUACGCAGCAGAUCACCUUGCAGGAGCAGGAGAUCACCCGCAGGGAAAAAGAACUGGAAGCCAGGGUCAGGAAACCGGCCGAGGCUGAGCGAUACCGUGUCGAGAAGCUCGCAGAGGCAGAGCGACUUCAGUUGAUCAUGGAGGCAGAAGCUGAGGCAGAAUCCAUCAGAAUGAAGGGAGAGGCAGAGGCCUUUGCUCUGGAGGCGAAGGGUCGUGCUGAGGCUGAGCAGAUGGUCAAAAAGGCAGAAGCUUUUAAAGAGUACAAAGAGGGAGCUAUGGUGGAUAUGCUGCUGGAGAAACUCCCACUGAUGGCAGAGGAGAUCAGCAGGCCACUCUCUGCUGCCCAGAAGGUCACCAUGGUGUCCAGCGGAGGGUCAGAAGUGGGUGUGGCUAAGCUGACCGGAGAAAUACUGGAAAUUAUGACUCGCCUGCCGAUCGCGGUGGAGAAACUGACCGGAGUUAACAUCUCACAGGGUGCCUUAGCCCGUAUGGGUUAAUGAAGUUCGUGGAGAGCAAAUCGGAGCCUUAAACAGCUGUGAUGUUGAUCUUUCUGUCUUUGUGUGCAUGAAUGCAUGCCUGUGUUUAUACUGAACCUGGAACGUCAAUGUCAUUUUAGUUAGCUUGUUGUAGUUCACCAUUAUCUAACGUUUGAUUUUACACUCAGUUUUGUGUAUAAUGUGAUUUUAUGUGAAGUAACUUUAUGUAAUCAUUUUAUAAGUUAGUUAGAAGAAUGCUUUAUUGGUAAAUAGGGAAGCAGGAGUACACAACAAUAUCGUUUUUUCAAUUGUGAAUAGUUUUUAUAUUUCUGUCCACAUGCCUGUAGAUUCCGCUCAGUUUCUGUCAAAUGCAUGACAGUUCACCUUAAGUGCAUUACUGAACCCAUGGCGCAUGUGCAUGCUGCCUUACAUAUCCAGAUCUUUCCAAAGUCAAGACCUAACAAUGUUACGCUAUCUUCUUGCCAUUUAAACCUCUAUGUGACUAGCUGCUUAGAUGUUCAUUGAUGUGAUGAAAAUAUACUAUAGAAGGUAACUGGCUAAAGAUAUUUUUCUAUAGAAUCAAAUAAUACUGACAUACUUUAUUGUUAGGAAGGGCUUUAGUUACACUUCAGUCUCUGUGGUGUGUAAAGGGAUUUUUACAGCAUGUUGAAAAGUGAGCGAGGGGGUGGGAUGUUCGUAAAUAAUACAAUUGUUUUUUUUUUAUGAACAAACGGGAAAAAGAAGAAGAGAAGUAGGUUAGGUUUUCAACGCUGGCCACAGACUUGUCUCUGUGGCCACGGAAACUGAUCUCAUCAUUUUCCAGUGGGUGCAGAAGACUGAAGUUAAUCUUUUCAUUUUCGUUUUAUUUUAGUUCUUUAGUGUAACCUAUGCAGCCUUACAAAGUGCCUAUAAGAGCACCUUUCUCACUGAAUCAAACUAAUAUCUAAAUUCAAGCUGUGUUGUGUUUCAGUGAUAUCACUGUGAUGUACCAUCAGAUACUUUCUGAUAUUAAUGGUUUUCAAAAUGUAAAAUCUUUUAUGAUAUUUGUUUUCAUUAGAAUGUAGUGCUUGUCUGUUUGUUUCUAUGCAUGAAAGCUCCUUACUAAACAUUUGCCUUAAUGUUCAACGGAGGUAUAGAUGUUUCCACCUUUAAACCAUUGAUUAUAUAUCCAGUCGGAGACACAUACAUAUGAUUGUAUGUUAUAUUUAACAAACAAUAAACUACUGUCUGUGCUGUAAUCAAUAACUUGUCUUAUAUGUGUGCAGUGUUUGCACUCAAACACAAUUUGAUUUGUUCAUCUUUAGUAGAUCAUUUCACAGCAUCCAUACAUUUGUGCAAAUCGAAAAACAAGCACCUGAUUUUAAUAUUAUUUGAAAAGAUUUAUUAAAAUGCCUACAAAAAUAGACAAGACAGGCAUUGACUAACACAAGCAGAAAGUCUAAUACAGAGACAGACAAACCCGAUUAACAACAGAUACCAAAUACUAAUGAAGAAAAUUAUGUCCCAUGAAUUAUUUACAUUUUUUAAGAAACACGAAUAGGCCACAUAGCUGAGGACAGAACACACCGGAUGCUAUGUUUAUAAAAAUAUAAAGUUUAGUUUAGGGCUUCAGUGUACCAAAGAAGGUUCAAGGUCAUUCAGUAAGCAUAGUCGGCAUAUUAACAUAACCAUUUGUGAAUCACAUUCUCGAGUACUUUACAGUAAAUAUAGGGCUUACUUAUGUGGCUUCUCAACCUCCUACACACCCACCUUUUUACUGAGACUUCACACACCAGUCUCUAUAAACUGUUUUAAAGGUACAACACCACCGAGUCUUUCAGAAUUCUUGAGGUUUGAAAGUGCAUGGACAAUAUUUACACAGAGGCACGAUACCCUCAAUAACUUGUAACUCAUAACACUUACUGUUUUAACACCAACAACCAGCCAGUUGCAGAAAUGAUGUACUGUAACUUUAAGAUGUAGAAAUGAUGUACUGUAACUUUAAGAUGUGCACCCAGGCAUCACUUCAGAGUUUCUCUGCAUGUGCCAUAUGAGUUUACAUAGUAAAUCAAGGGCAUUGGGUGACAUUGAUUACUAUUUAACAUAUAUAACAUUACAUGUUGCUUUCCCUCUCUCUCUCUCUCUCUCUCGCUCUCUCUCUCUACAUACUUAUGCUUUUGUAAGCUUAGAAUACGAGUCCUUUCAAAUACAUCCAAAGAUACGAUAUCUGGCAUUCAGACAUCUGCAUCCAAACUCCAGUUGAACCAAGAAUGUUCUCGUAUUCAAGUUUAGGAUCUACUCAUGAAGUUUAGUUCAAGUCAGUCCACAAAAUUACUUGACUUUCUGCAGUCAUCUUCAUUUUAGUCAUGACUACCCAACCAUUACAUUUACACCUAGUUAGUCAGAUGACCUUGAUUACUAGUAAGAGACCAUUUGUGUGGUGACAAGACAGGGGUGGAGCCACAAAUGUCAAUCUAAACAGAGCCAUGUGAUAGGUAAGUCAGUCAGACAUUUGCACAUAGUUACAGUACACUUAGAAGUCCUCUUCUCUGUUCACACACUUUAAAUAUGUCCUCAGUUUGCCACAGUGGCUGCAUUAACUCUGAAAGUGUCAGAAUGGUUAUGAUGCCUCAUAACAGUGUGUCCUAACCUAGAGCUUCCAGUCACAAGCAAUAUAUCUGCUCACACUGAAUCCAACACGUGCAUUCACCCAUUCAACAUUCAGUUAAAUGUAAAUAAAUGUACAGUUCUGUGACACUGAAUUCUGGAUCAUUUCACACUGCUUGGGGUACAGAUGGUUAGCUUCAGGUCUGGUUAGGACAUGUUGUAAGAUAUUCUAUUCUUGCAAUGAUUCAAAACAACAAUUUUAUAUCACGGAUUAAAAACCGAUAUGCGAGUAUUUCUUAUUUUAAUAAGAGCUCAUUUCCAGUAUGCAAACAACCCUCCACCAAAGCCAUGAAAACUGGCCAUCACCAUAAAUGGUAGCAAAGUUAGACUGUUAGUAUUCACUGUAAUUAUUUUAAAUGCAAGUAAAAAAAAUCACAAUUUCUGUCAUUGUAUACCAUGUAACAUUUUGCCCAUUUAAUUGAGUAAAUGGAUAGUUUGUAGAGCUACUGUUGUGCUGCCUGUCACCUAUAGCUACAAAACCCUCCACCAGUUACAAUGAUUAUGUUUAGAAAUCUAUUCAGUGUUCAGGGAAUGAAGAAACAGAUUCAUUAGCUGUAAGUUCAGAGAAUCAGAAUUUAAGGUUCAGAUGACAAGCAACAUUUUAUCCCAAAAUCAACUGAAUAUGUUUUCUGUCCAAAAACAUGACCUCAGAACGUCCAUGUUUCACUUUGAAGCUUAAAGGGAUAGUUCACCCAAAAAUGAAAAUUCUGUCGUCAUUUACUCCCCUUCUUGCCAUUUCAAACCUUUAUGACUUACUUUCUUCCGCAGAACGCGGAAGAUAUUUUGAAAGAAAGCUCCGGCUUCCAUUCACUUCUACUGUAUGGACACAAAACCAAAUCAAGCGAGUGGGGGCCAGUUAACAACGUUCUUCAAAAUAUCUUCUUUUGUGUUCUGCGGAAGAAAGAAAGUCACACAAGAAAUCUCUGUGAAACCAAAUAAUGUGGAAUGAUGGUGCAAUAACUAACAGUGGGGGCACAGCAAGUGGAAACAUGAUAAUAAUGGGAUAAAACGUUGCUUUAAAAGUUCAGGAUUUUCAGGAGGUGAAAAGUGGGUCUUUUAGGGGCACCGUACCUGCGGUUUUUUUCGCCUCAACCCACAAACAUAACAUACACUAAUUUACAUAAGAGUGCUUAGCCGUGUCUGCGUAAAAACACACCACCAGUCUGUGGUCCACAUACACAUUCUUUCAUCCAUCCUCUGUGUCAGCUCUCCUCUCUCUCUCUUUU